GACUGAGGCGAGAACACGGAAGUUCCGUGUUAGAGGAAAGAAAACAGAGAAGACCUCGCUGUGAUCUCCCCUCAGAGCUUCUUUUAAGAAAUACAAACGCUUUCCAAAAAAAACACCGUGAAUAGAGGUAGAGGAAGAUGCCCGCCCGCAACCUUGUGUCCAGCGGGCUCUCUGACAGCAAGGUGAAGUACUCCAGGUUAGCCACUGAUGAUGACGGCUACAUUGACUUACAGUUCAAAAAGAGCCCACCCAAAGUCCCAUACAAAGCCAUAGCACUGGCCACAGUCCUCUUCCUAAUCGGCUCUCUGUUAAUCAUCAUUGGCGCCCUUCUCCUGGCUGGAUACUUUGGAGUCACCCACUCAGACCGAACCGUGCCCGUCCUUAUCAUCGGGAUCCUUGUCUUCCUGCCUGGAAUUUACCACCUACGAAUAGCGUACUAUGCUUCAAAGGGCUACCGUGGCUACUCCUAUGAUGAUAUCCCAGACUUUGAUGACUGACGGACUCCACACAGCUCCAGCCACAGUCUUCCCGUCCUCACACAUACUCAUAGUACUCUGCUUGUGCUAAUUUAAAUGCACUGAUACCUUUUUGAAGACAUUAAAGUUAAUAGAUUCUGUAAAUUAUCUUCAUCUUUUGAUGUUAUUGUGAUUAGUUUUAUACCUAUGGUAGUUGAUGCCAGCCUGCUGUUAUGAAGCCAAAUAAGUCGUUGUUUAAUUUGUAUAUUUGUUUUGUUAGCUUGAUAAAUAAUAAAUCUGUAAUUUAACGAG